GUGUGCGAGGCACGUGAGGUCGACGGCCAGGCCGCCGACCGCCUCGGUGUCCUCAUGGACGCUUUGCGUGGAUUUCGAUGACACGUGCUCUGUACGUGACACAACUGCAGAUCUUGCGCGCCUUGCCCGCACGGGAAAGCACUCUCAGGCGUCCGAAGUGUGGGAUGACCUCGUCAAGCAAUUCCUUGACGACAAUGCGGUGGUGAUGUCGUCACUCAGAGACGCCGUGGACAUCAAAAACAAAGCGUCCACCCCAUCGUCGUUCCAGCCUCACGUACUAGAUGCGUUUCUGUCGGCAUAUUCCGCGGCAGACUUGCGGUCCGUGGACCGCGUCAUCGCGAGUCGAGUGUUAGCUGGCCUUCCACGUGCAUCCAUCGUCAACCGUGUGGAAUUGAAGCCUGACUGCGCGCGUGUUCUGUCCUCAUGGCGCGGAGAUGUCGCCGUCGUGUCAAGCAAUUGGUCCCAGACCAGUGUUGCCUCCGCGCUGAUUGACAUCGCACGUGCUCGACACGCCGCGGGCUUGCCGUUUGCAGUGCAUGCCAACGAGCUCGAGUUCGACGCCACCGACGUGUCGACGGGAAACCUCGUUCUUCCGUUCCAAACUCCCCACGACAAAGCCGUCUGGAUUCACAAACAUCGGCGCGCGCACCCGUCCAACGCGGUGGCGUUUGUGGGAGACGGUGUCAACGACCUCCCAGCGCUCUUGGCGGCCGACGUCGGCAUCGUGCUGAACACGAGUGAGAGCAGCAUCUUCAAAGUCGCCGCGCAUGUCGGGUUGUCCAUCGCGGAUUCGCCUCGUCUGUCCAAGGCCGCGGAUGCAUGUCAACCGACGCUGUACCAGGCGUCGACCUGGCAAGAUGUCGACACUGUCCUUCGUGUAGCAACGAGGCAGCCUUAGAGCAGCACUUGGUUGUGGCAGCUUUGCCGGAGCGUCUUGCGGGGAAGGACGAUGCAGUUGCGGACAAUCACUUCCGGCGCACACACCACGGCCGUCCCCAAGAUCGUCACGUCGCGGACUCCACCGCCCAGCGCCACCGUCGCUGCAUCUGGCUUGCUAUUCGGGGGCUCGCCUACAUGAGUCGCUGAGUGUCACCGAGCCCAACGAGUCGCGAUCGCAGCGACCCUGAGCGUGCUGCAACAUGAUGUCGUACCCUCCACUCGAGCCCACUCGCCAACCAUCGCAUUCCACCCGACAAUCGAAAACAACACGCACGCAUGG